AUGAAGGUGGAGGAGCUGUCCACCGAGGGCGGCUCCAAUGAUGCCACGAAGCUGACCUCGCCGCGGGUAAGCCCGGCAAAGAGCCGCGCCCGCCGCGAGGAGAAGAAGAAGGAGGAGGAGGAGGCCAAUAACCGGGCCCCUCCCCCUAUCCAGGACGUCGAGAUGCAGGACCCGCCCCAAGACGAAGGGGCAGGACAAGAGGUGGAUGAGGCCAGCGAGGUCCCGGCCAUUGAGGUGGUGAGGACUCAGGUGGAGUCCUUGGAGCGGGCCGGGGCCCUGUCGGCGGAGGAGGAGGACGAGGAGGGAGAUAGGACGGUCUUCGGCAAGCUCGUCGCAUCCACCAAGCUGGCCCAUGAGUUGGUUGAGGCUCUGGUGGAACUGUCCGAGCAGGCCUCCCAGGAGCUGGCCGAGGGAAGUGUUGCCAUCAGCCGAGUGACGGAGCUCAAGGCCCGAGUAGCCGAGCUGGAGGCGCAGGGCCGCCAACUGGAGGCCGGGAAGGUGGAGGCCGAGAAGGCUCUACGCAAGGAGAAGCGCGAGUUGGAGGCCUGCACCAAGGCCAACGAGGAGCUGCACAAGCUCCGGGAGGCGACCGAGGCCCGGGAGGCCGCGACCGAGGAGAAGCUUCGCCUAGAGCGCCAGGCCUGA